AUGAUAUGACAGAGCAGUUAGCGACUUCCUUCCAGGCAGCAACAGAGACUGCGGUUACGGACUCCUCCAAGAUGCUGGCCCUAAUUAACAGACUAUUAGACUGGUUCAGGUCGCUUUUCUGGAAAGAAGAGAUGGAGCUCACGUUAGUUGGACUUCAGUACUCGGGAAAAACCACAUUUGUCAAUGUGAUUGCUUCGGGACAGUUCAGUGAAGACAUGAUUCCCACAGUUGGCUUCAACAUGCGGAAGGUCACUAAAGGCAAUGUAACAAUAAAGAUAUGGGACAUAGGUGGACAGCCUCGCUUCAGGAGCAUGUGGGAGCGCUACUGUAGAGGAGUGAAUGCUAUUGUUUACAUGGUGGAUGCAGCAGACCGAGAGAAGAUAGAAGCUUCCAGAAACGAACUACACAACCUUUUAGACAAACCACAACUACAAGGAAUUCCUGUGCUAGUCCUCGGCAACAAGCGGGACUUAUUCAACGCGCUUGAUGAGAAGCAGCUCAUUGAAAAAAUGAACCUUUCUGCCAUUCAGGACCGAGAGAUCUGCUGCUACUCUGUGUCUUGCAAAGAGAAAGACAACAUAGAUAUCACACUGCAGUGGCUCAUCCAGCAUUCAAAGUCACGAAGAAGUUGAAAGUGCCCCCCCCCCCACAUCUGCCGGUCACAGCCGCUGGCCUCAGCCACCCCCUUCACCUAUCGGCCAGGGGUCCUCAACAGUCACCCUUUGCACUGCCCCUGUGAAGUAAUCCAGCUCUCUCUGCUCAUUACCGCCCCCUGCACCAUCUCAUACACUACCAUAGAUGUGCAUCCUCCUGUACAGCACUACCACCAUCCCCCAACCACCUGGACUCUCACUACUGUGACAGUGGGUGGCUUUAACCCCUGAGUAAGGCCUUCUCAGUAGCCGCAACACGCUCUGAGUCUGUGUGCAUCGUGAAGGUUUCUUCUUGUUAAUGGUUUCCAGGAAUCCAACGGUACUGCAGUAUGCUGUUACCCGACAUCAAACACCUACUCUGUUGCCUGUCAACAUUCAGUGCUUCUGUGGCAUUGUGUGAUUGUAGUUUUGAGCAGCUAUUUGCCAAAUGACGAUGGUUGCUUCUGCCUAAGUCUUUUAUUUCCCGGUAAUCUCUCUGCAGUGUAGCGCACAUUCUUAAUUUGCUGGCAUCUGGAAGUGUCUCUGGGUGUCUUAAAUUCAAGUUUACAUGUAACUUUAAAUAUUGCUAGAGGUAAGAUUUUUGGUGUGGCUGUUGUGUCUCAAGGCAAAAUUCCCUAGCCAAAUUUUAAGUGCCUUUGACUGUGAAAGUGUCCCAAUCAGACGGUUAUUGCCCAACGCAGCUCCCAGUCCGCUAUGACAACCAUACUCAGAACAGACACGGCUCAGAUUCCUUAAUUGCUCUCAACAGCGCCUCUCGACAAUCUCGUUUGAAGCUCUGUAAUCACCUAAACACAUUAUAGUGUCUGAGAAGUGACAGUGCUAUGCUGAUGAUGAAGAAUGAAUAAGAAAAAAUGUUACAUUUUGUGUGCAUGCUGGGGCAUUGGAACGCUGUUUCACUUGUAGGCAUUGAGUCAUGUCUGUAGCUUUGAAAGAUGGGCUAAAUCACAGUUUCAGCUCUCAGAUUGUUUAAUUGUUUUAAAGCAAAGAGCCUGAGCGCAGAUAUCUCUCUCAUGGUAGAUUUUAUCUGUAGGGGUUGGGUAACAGAAAGCCAGUGUUACUCAUUUGCAGCACCUCUUCAAAUUUUGUAAAUGCCACAUCAGGCAAUGAGUAAAAGUUUUCAUUUACAUGAUUUUGCUUUUAAUUAAUAAGACUAAUAGAUCAAACCACUAUCCUCUCGCCUGGUUGAUGUAUCUCAAUCUGUUUUUCCUCCUUUUGCCCAAGCGUACGUCCCUGGAGUGGGUUGAAUCAUCUCCCUGCAGGAUGUCUGCAUGCCACCGUAGCCAUGCCCACAUCCCCAUCACUAUGUUUUAUCACAUGUAGUCCAUACUUGAUUGUUGGGACCACAGCAGCAGUGAUGGGCUGUUCACUUUGGCUGACAGUGUGGCUCAUCUUACAGAAAGCUUUUGUUACCUGUGAAAUAAAUAUAGCCUAUUUGCAAUAUUUGUAUCUGCAUGUGCUGGGCUUGUUCACAUUCAUUCGUACACUUUGUAAAUAAGACGUUAGCAUUUUUAUUCAAAUAAAUGCUCCUGUAUGCAUUCUUUCCCUGUGAUUGCCAAUAAAUUUGUUUUUAUUUAUAAGGAUUUCAAA